AUGUGUUCUGAAACAUCUUCACCUCGUUUCUCUUUCUCCAAUGAUGUUUCAACAAUGAAACAUGAUGAUGAUCCUCGUAGAGGCAAAUCUCUUCUUGAAUCAAAUCCUGAAUUUGAAUUCAUCAUUAGCAGAAACAUUGAGUUUGAAACAUCUUCAGCUGAUGAACUUUUCUGUAAUGGAGUAUUACUUCCAUUGCAGAUACAAGACAAGAAGAAAAACAUCAGUGAGAAUUAUAAGGAACAUCCUCCAUGUAUGAUGAAUCUUCCGCCUCGUCCAUUUUCGACUAAAAUAAAGAAACAAGUUGAAGAAAAAUAUACUCAAACAAGUUCUUUUUGGGGAUUCAAAAGAAGCAAAAGUCUCAAUUGUGAUACAAAGACAAGAUUUACAUGCUUUUCGCCUCCUUUGUCGCGAAGCAAUUCGACAGGUUCGUCGCCAAAUCUAAGGAGAACAAGUUCGAAUAGACAACAAUCCUUAUAUUCUGGUAAGAGUUGUGAGAAUGGUUUUAGGAUUAGUCAUGUUUUAAAUGUAUCAACUGUUUGUUUUUCUAAAGCAAGUUCAAGUCUAUUUGGGAAGCCUAAGAAGAAUGAUAAUUGA